CGUACCACAACCAUCCUCGUUUACCGCAGAGACACUCGCAGAGACAACGCUUGAUCGGAAAUAGUGCGAAUACUGGAGAAGUGAAAGAGAAUUUGUAGCUGAAGUUCACGAAGAUGUCUUGCGGCCACAUCGCGGAAAUCGCUCGUCUACAGCCUCCCAGACUUUCUCAAUCUGUGCAUCGGGAGGAGUGCACUCAAUGUUUCGAAAAUCAAGACAGCCCUCUGGGAGUGGACGUCUGUUUGACAUGCUUUAAUGGAGCAUGCCUCGACAAGGAGAGGCACCAUGCGCGUUCUCAUGCAGCCAAGACGGGGCAUUCGUUCACAUUGAAUGUCAAACGCAAGCUGAAGCCUUCGGCGAAUCGCACGGACGAAGAUGAGCCGCCUGCGAAGAUGAAGAAGCUGGCGAUCGUCGAAGACCGCGAAGAAGAAAAGUACGAAUUCAAGACGGUGCUCAAAUGCUGGAAGUGCGAUUCGCAGAACGGACUUGAGGUCCCGGACGCGUCUCACGACCCGCAUGUCAAGUCUCUCAUUGAUGGGGUCAUGACCUCUUUGUCUUCUGCUCGCCAAUCGGAGGUGAAGGCAUGGGAAGAGGAGAUCACCGCGUGCGAGCAUACACUUAUGCUCCAGCAACAUGCGACUGGGCACAUUGCAGCAUCUGGACUUGCACACUGUCAGAAAUGUGACCUGAAGGAGAACCUUUGGCUGUGUCUUACCUGCGGUUCGCUCGGUUGUGGUCGUCAACAAUUCGGCGGCAUCGGAGGAAACGGGCACGGUCUGCAGCAUUACGAAGAGACCCGCCACCCGGUCAGCGUCAAGCUCGGAACGAUUACGCCCGAAGGCGGCGCCGAUAUCUACUGUUACAUCUGCAACGACUCCAAGGUCGACCCUGACCUGUCCAGGCAUCUUGCUACGUUUGGCAUCAAUGUUCAGACACAAACCAAGACGGAGAAGUCCAUGACGGAGCUACAAAUUGAGCAAAAUUUGAAGUUCGACUUCUCACUCACGGGGGAAGACGGCAAGGCCCUUGAACCAGUCUUUGGCCCUGGUUUGACCGGCCUGUCGAACCUCGGUAAUAGCUGUUACAUGGCGUCCGUAGUGCAGACCGUGUUCUCGCUACCCGCCUUCCGCCAGCGCUACCAGCCGACCUCGGCCUCUCACUGGGAAUCAUGUCACGAGACUCUUCCUGCGGACUGCAUUGACUGCCAGAUGCAUAAACUCGCAGACGGCCUCCUCUCGGGGCGCUACUCUCACCCGCGACCGCACGGGUCAGGAUCUGCUUCGGCGCCCAAGGAGACCAACCCUCUCGCGCACGAUUCGCCCACACCCGUGUUCCAGGAAGGCGUCCGCCCGACAGGCUUCAAGGCGCUCGUUGGGAAGGGCCACGAGGAGUUCGCGACGAUGCGGCAGCAGGACGCAGAGGAAUUCUUCACGCAUCUUGUCACCGUCCUCCGGCGGCAUGCGAAAAAGGUCGGGCUGGACGAGAAGAAGGAGCCGACGGAGGUGUUCGCGUUUGGGAUGGAGCAGCGACUCGAGUGCGGGGACUGCAAGCGUGUGCGGUACCGCGUCGACGCGACGGACACCGUGAGUGUUCCGGUCCCGGCGAAGGAGAAGGGCAAGGAUGCGGAUGGGAAGACGCUGUAUGAGGAUGUGCAGCUGAAGGAGUGUCUGGACAUUGUGACCGGGACGGAGGCGCUCGAGUACCAGUGCCCGGGAUGUCAAAAGAAGGUUAUCGCGACCAAGCGGACGCGCUUCGCGACGUUCCCGGAAGUGCUUGUGGUUCACGCGAAGAAGUUCCAGCUCGUGAACUGGGUGCCGGCUAAGCUCGAUAUCCCGGUGAUCCUGCCCGACUCUGAUGAGCUGCAGCUGGACGAGUACCUCGGCCGUGGUCUCCAGCCUGGCGAGACCGAGCUGCCCAACGACGAAGCUGUACCCGGGUUGCCGCAGUUCAACGAGGCCGCGAUGGCCCAGCUCGAGGCGAUGGGCUUCCCGGCGAUUCGCUGUCAAAAGGCGCUGCUUGCGACGGGGAACAACGACGCGGAGGCUGCCAUGGAGUGGCUCUUUGGGCACAUGGAGGAUCCGGACAUCGACGCGCCUAUUGAACUCCCUUCUGCCGGUGGCGGUGGCGGAGGCUCCGAGCCUUCCUCGGAGCAGGUCAGCAUGCUCGCUGAUAUGGGCUUCACGCCUGCGCAGGCCCGCAAGGCCCUCCGAGAGACGGGCGGCAACGCUGAGCGGGCGGUCGAAUGGCUCUUCUCCCAUCCCGAUGACACCGGAGAGGACGCGCCUACCGGGUCCGCGGCCGCAGGGCAGUCGCAGCAGGCACAGGGCGGACCGGGCGGGUCGUCGGGGUUGCCGGCGCGGUACCGGUUGAAGGCGUUCAUCUCGCACAAAGGACCGUCGGUGCACUCCGGGCACUACGUCGCGCACAUCCGGACGGAGGAGGGGUGGGUGCUGUUCAACGACGAGAAGGUGGUGAGGGCGGACGCGGAGAGCGUUCGCGAGCUGAAGAAGCUUGCGUACCUGUACGUCUUCGAGCGGGUGUGAGAUCCGUGGCUCCGGUGGGGUGGGGAAACACGCGGUCCGGCAGGUAGUAGGAUUGGCGAAGAAAGAAAGAAAUUCCGGACAUUUGUACACGAAUAUCUUGCACCAACUGACACGAUUCUG